CACAAUGGUUGUCUAAUGUCUUGUAUUAGUGGUUCGUGUAGUGGUUUGUGGUGGUUGGUUGUGUUGUAACGCUACCACUGCUUGAGGUGAAAUUAACUCUAAAAGGGUACCCACCGCCAAAAUUAAAGAAGAAUCAAAUCACCAUGCAUAUGAGUACCUAUUACAUCAAAGAGAAUGUAAUUACUACGUUAGACUGGUAAUUCCUACUUGCGGCGUUAGUAAAGAUCUGAAAACAAGAUAUUAGUAGUGUUCUGUGCUCUGCAACCGAUUCCUAUCAAUUUUGAGAUAUUUCGUUACGUACAGUAAAUUGUACAAUCGUUUCUCCGCUUGAACUUUCUAGAAUAAAUCAGAUUUUCUCUUCGUUACGAUAAAUUAAAGCAAUGAAAGCCUUAAUUCAAAGGGUUAUUAAUGCAAAAGUCACCGUAAAUGACGAAGUGGUCAGCAGUAUUGGCCAAGGAGUGUGUGUUUUUGUUGGAAUAUCAAAUAAUGAUACUACAAAAGACAUGGAACAUAUAGCCCGCAAAAUACUUAACAUGAAAUUAUUCGAUGAUGAAAACAAUAAGAGAUGGAAGAAGAGUGUCGUUGACAAACAGUUAGAAAUUCUUUGUGUCAGUCAGUUCACUUUGUACAACACUUGGAAGGGUAACAAACCAGAUUUCCACAAUGCUAUGCCAGGUGACAAAUCAAAAGAGUUUUAUGAGAAUUUCCUUCAAUUGUUGAGGGAGCAAUAUCAUACAGACAAAAUAAAAGAUGGCGAAUUUGGUGCGUACAUGCAGGUGUCGAUACAAAACGACGGUCCAGUUACAUUUGAAAUAGAAUCUCCUUUAAACAUAGCAACGAAAGAGCCAAAAACACGAAGUAGAGGUGACGCACAGAAUUCUCAAAACGACACAAAUAAACAUUUGGAAGAAACAAAAGAUUCUUAAAUAGAUAGUUUUUUUAAUAGUGGUGUGUGUGUGUGUGUGAAAUAUUCUGUGCUAGUCGCCGUCUGCAUCGGAUGAAGAGUAUGACGGAAUAUUUUUGAUAGUAAAAUCCUAACGCAUCCGGUCAAGAUCCAAACGUUCCUCAAAUUUCCGCAGUCACGCUGCGAUUCAUUAAAACGAGAAAUGCAAGAAACAUUAGUUGUACAAAAUAAAGUUACAAUUUCUUUAUACAAAAGAAUUAAAAUACAUGCAGAGCACUUUACAAAAUGAAAUAUAAUAAAGA